UUUGAGACCCCUGGCCUGGAUGACUGAGAAUCUCCAUAGACAUGUUGUGAAGUCUGUUUUUUCUUUCUUUCUAUAGUUAUUGCUGUUGGAUUUGAAAUGUCUUGAGGAGAGCGAGAUCAUUAACAAAUUGGCUAAUCGCUCUUCUAUGGUCACUGGCUUUGGAAUCUAGUCCAGUGCAUGCUUAGGUUGAGUUUGUUGUUUAGUAUUUUUUACAUAGGAUUAAAGAUUUGUUCUGUUGGUCACAAUAGUUGAGGUCCUGCUUUAGUUUUAUUUCAGGUAAUCACACCAAAAUUAUUGCAGGUCAAGUUUUGCAUAACCCUUUUUCAUCCUCUUAAUUUGAGUGAGAUGCCUGAAUACAGCCCAAUAUUUAUUUUAACUAUGAACAUAAACAUAAUUCCCGUAACUGUAGAAAGAACACUGGCAUCAUAUGAAGCAAUUACUUAUUGCAUAACUGGCUGGCUUAUUUGGUGCAUUUUAGUUUUCACAGAGUUGUAUAGCAAAGUAGACAGGACUUCCCAUCAGGCUGACAAAGUAAAGUACAAGUGCUGGCAGUUAAGCUCGCAUUUAUGUCAGCUCUAUAAUUAGCAGUCAUCUGGUAAUGAUGGGUUACUAAGAAUUGAGAGUAGGCAUCAGAGAAAUUAAAUGGGAGGGCUGGUUUAAUCGUCCUGUGAAAGCAACCACAUUCACCAGAACCGGAGGGCUUUGUCAAAGAAUGGUUGUUUGACUGUCUACCAUGAAGAAAGCAUUCAGAAUCACUGUGGGUAGCUUUUCAUCUGGAUAAAGUGUUGGGGGGGGAAUUAAGGUGCUACCAUGUCAUUUUUGCAUCCUCCAGUCACUAUUUGCUCCCAGUCAGAUGUCUGCUUGCCCCCAAGUUCUUCUAUUGGGGAUCUGACUAGGAACAAUGUCACUCCGCAGGCAUUGAAUUCCUUGAUUAUUGCUUAUCGGGAGCCUUCAGCUAGCAAGAGCAAAAUUGCCAGACCUCAAAGAUAUGCUACUUAGCAGACCUGCCCUGGGUAGUUAUUUACACACACACACACAAUUUCACACACACUGGAGUAGAUGGAAAGGAAACCAAAGAUUCAGUUAACUGGAUUUAAGAAUGAAGAAAAGAAGAUUCUAAUCCAGUUGCUUCUGAAAUUAGACUGUGUUUUCUUUAAUAGUGAGCAGUAUAAAAAUUGUACUCAUCUUAUAGCAAAAAGGCCUUGCAAGAGUGAAAAGUUUCUAGCAGCAUGUGCAGCAGGAAAAUGGGUACUAACUAAGGACUACGUAAUUAAUAGUGCUGAAAGUGGCAGAUGGCUUGAUGAAACAACUUAUGAAUGGGGUUAUAAAAUUAAAAACGAUUCUCUUUAUUCACCUCAAAUGCAAUCUGCACCUAAAAGAUGGCGCGAAAAACUCAGUCAUUCUGGUGCUACAGGAGCCUUCCGCAGAUGGAAUGUUGUUCUGUUUAUUAUGAGUGGUAAUAAACGAAAGGAUUCCUUGAUAAGAGUUCUAAAAGCUGGGGAGGCCAAUAUUUAUACAGCACUAAGCACACCAAAGGAUAUUACCCAUGUUUUAACUAAUAAUACAAUAUUAAAUCAAGAAAAACUGAAACAUCUCUUUGGGGCUCCAUGCUACCCAAUUUGUUAUUUAGGAACUUAUCUUUUAGAGAAUGAAAUUAAAAGCAACAUUGAAGAAUACCAGAAGAAAAAUGUUAAAUAUGAGCAAGAAUCGAGAGAAGCAAUGAUUGAUACGCAAUUUGAUGAAAUAAAAAAUGCACUUAUCAAGCAUAUAUUUUAUCAACAGGCAAUGCUAAGCAAGUACACUCAAAUGGGCCAGAAGGUGGAAUGCAACAAAGAGCUUGAAAAUGCUCCCUAUUCCAGGGGAUCCAAUAUAUUGGAAGAACUAGUGGAUGAUCAUUUUUUACCAAUUGCAAUCACAGAAUUUUUCUCUGGAAAAGAUUGUAUUCCUCCUGAUAAACUAAUUCAUUCUCUUUUAGAGCCUAUCCUCCAGGGUAAUUCAGAUCCUACCCUUUCUGUCCAGUUUUUUCAUAUAAUGUAUACUCUCCUCGAACAUAAUCCUCCUUGGAAAUCACCUUCUGUGCUAAGGUAUUACCUCGAAAUUCUUCAAUGUCCUGUUUGUAAGAAUGGAACAUGGUCUCUGAUAGAAACGCUUGUCAGGUCUUGUCUUUAUUACAAUAAUAUUUGUCAUUCAGUCAUGGACCCAAAAACUACAAAUAUGGACAGAACCUUUCACAAAAAACUGCUGACAUUUGUUAUGAAUUUGUUUGAGGCUGAAGUGUUGGCAUUAAAAAGAAGGCUUUAUGAAGGAAGUGACUCAAAUAAUCCACUAGUGAUGCCACAGACUAUUCUUUUGAACACCUUUUGGUUAGGAAACGAUUCAGUGCUUUUCAACAAACAGAUAAAUAUUCUAAUAGACUGGGUUAUAUAUUCAUACAGAGAAAAGUACAGGACAAUUGAUGUCUUCAAACAUGAAAUAGCUGAGCUAUUAAAUGCAGUUUUGGGAGCUGUUGUGGAAUAUUGGAUUAUUUCAGGCUUCAUAAUGGACAGAAAUAUGUUGCCGUCUGUAGCUGAUGACCUUGCUUCUUAUAUUGCCAUUUCGUGUGAUGAUUUUUCAUAUGAGGAAUUAAAAGUAUUCAUUUCUUCUAUCCCAUCUCUGUGGCUUGAAAUGUUUGUCGCAGAAGCUGUGUUUAAAAAUCUGUAUUUCCAGAACAGCUCUCUUCUUUCUAAUGAACUGCUUUCUCUUCAAAAAAUGGUUUCUUGCUAUCUGCCUACUUUACAAGCUGGAGUGUAUGAGAAAGGGAAGAAAAAGAAAAUAGGGCAAUGGCCAUGCUCUGAGUCUCAGAGGGCAUUUCUGAUGCUAAGUGGCGAUAAGCAGAACCAAACCAAAGUCCUGCCUGAUGUACCUGUACAAACCAAGGAUAACUCUGCUCAUCUACCAAAAAAUCUCGAACGGAAAACCAAGCCUACCAUAUUGCAUGGCAAAGAAAAUUGCCAUUCUUCAGCGAACCAGAUGAAUGUCCAUAAGAUUAAUCUUAAAGGGGAGACAGCUCUGCAUAUUGCUUGCAAAAGCAACAAUGUGAAGAAAUUGAUUCAUCUUCUGACUGUACAAGGAAUAGAUAUUAAUGUGAAAGACUAUGCUGGUUGGACACCUUUGCAUGAAGCCUGUAACCAUGGUAGCACAGUGUGCGUCCGUGAAAUUUUGCAGCAUUGUCCAGAGGUAAACCUAUUCAGUCAAGUGGAUGGGGUGACUCCCUUGCAUGAUGCACUGUCAAACGGACAUGUAGCGAUUGCUGAGCUUCUACUUCAGCAUGGUGGAUUAAUAUUACUACAGCAAAAAGAUUCUAAAGGAAAGUUACCACUUGAUUACAUAAAAUGUCCAGCAACCAAGCAACGUCUUUUGAAUAUUGUGAAGCCAGAACAGACAGUUGAGGAAUUUCAUGCUCAAGUACAAAGUAAUUUCUAUAAUCAACGCAAAGAAUUAUGGAUAAACUUAUUUUGCAAGAUGUUGUUAAAUCUUUGUUCUGUAUAUGACUUAUUUAGACCUUUUCCUAUUACCUUUAAAAAGCUUGGUUUCUCAGAUCCAUACCUGGUGACAGAUGACUGUUAUAAGCUUGAUAUGAACUCUUCUAAUCAUUGGUUAAUAGAUCUAUAUUUUAAAGAGCUUGAAACUUUUCAGAAACUCCCAGAAUAUCUUCAGAAAACGAUUGAGGAUCUUAAAAAUGACCCAGAAGAACAGAAACAAGCUUUCUUCACAAUGUUACAGCAAAUUAUAAUUACAAUUCAGAUGUCUGGUUCAUGUUUAACUAACAAACUUCAAAGUUAGUGUGACUUGCCUAAAAUACAUAAACUGUAAUAUUCAGUGGCAAUUUUUGCUUGGAUAAGUGAAACACAUGAAAAGUUGUGUUUUUUCCCCAACACGUGAAAGGUUGAAGACUGGCUUAGUUGUAAGCCAUGUUAGAGAACCCUAAUAUGAAAACUGUUAUGAUCAUCCACUUUAAUGUCCACUUUCUUUUGUGGAGUAGUUGAAGAGAUUUCUAGUUUUACCCUAACGAUAUAGUUCUCAAUGAUUCCUCAGUUCAGGAAGCUUUACAACAUGCCAGGAUUAAACAACAGUGUGAUUCUUGAAUGGAUUGAUAAAAUUUUAGGCUGAGGCCCAACGUGGUUCAUUCACGUAACAAACAAAUGACAUUCUGUUACAUUUGUGUUAAUUUUGUUACAAUGCACAAGUGGGUUCAAACAAUUGUUCUGUAUUAAUUCAAUUAAUCUUCACGUUAUUGUUGUAUAAUGAUGGUUUGAUAGGUACACUGAUGGGUUUUCAGAAUACAGGUCUGUAAGUUUGAACAUUUUUUGGUGAUGAUGUAUAUGUGAAGUUUCCAAUAUAUAUAUAUAUUGUAUAUAACAGUAUAUAUCUUUAUAUCUUUAUACUGUUGCCUAUACUGAAAUAAACAAGUCAUUUUUAUGUAACAAUUUGCAUAUACUUUUUUAGAAAAAUAAAUGUCCCAAACUCU